UCUCGGACCAGAACUACUCUACCGAUGAUACUAACUCGGAUCAUCAACCCGACCCGGAAACUCAAACCCGAUUCAAUCCUCUCAAUCUCUCUCUUCACCACCGUCUCUUCUCCGCCGUCAGACCCAUUAAUUUCCGACGCCGUCUCAAUCCUAACUCACCACCGUUCCAAAUCACGAUGGUCAACUCUCCGAUCUCUCCACCCUUACGGAUUCACUCCUUUUCAAUUCUCCGAAAUCACUCUCCGUCUCCGCAACAACCCUCACCUCUCUCUCCGUUUCUUCCUCUUCACUCGCCGCUUCUCUCUCUGCUCACACGACGUCGGUUCUUGCUCGACACUCAUCCACAUCCUCGCUCGAUCUCGUCUCAAAAGCCACGCUAGUGAAGUCAUACGUCUCGCUCUCCGUUUAGCCGACGACAACGAAGAAGGUGAAAACAGAGUAUUGAAAGUGUUCCGUUCGUUGGUUAAAAGUUACAAUCUUUGUGGUUCUGCUCCGUUUGUGUUUGAUCUGUUGGUAAAAUCGUGUCUUGAUUCGAAAGAGAUCGAUGGAGCUGUGAUGGUAAUGAGGAAAUUGAGGUCUAGAGGAAUCAGUUUACAGAUUAGUACUUGUAAUGCUUUGGUUUCUGAGGUUUCUAGGCGUAGAGGUGCUUUUAAUGGGUAUAAGAUGUAUAGAGAAGUCUUUGGUUUAGAUGAUGUUAAGGUAGAUGAUGGUAAGAAGAUGGCAAGUAAGGUUAAGGCGAAUGCGAGCACGUUUAAUUUGAUGAUGAUGAGUUUUUAUAGAGAAGGUGAGACUGAGAUGGUGGAGAGGAUUUGGAGAGAGAUGAAGGAGGAAGGUGGUUGCUCUGCUAAUGGGCAGAGCUAUUGUGUUUUGAUGGAGACGUAUUGUGCGCGAGGUUUGAUGAGUGAAGCUGAGAAGAUAUGGGAAGAGAUGAAGGUGAAAGGAGUGGUUUUUGAUGUUGUGGCUUAUAAUACUAUGAUUGGUGGGCUUUGUGGUAACUUAGAGGUUGCGAAAGCGAAGGAGCUUUUUCGAGAAAUGGGAUUCAAGGGGAUUGAGUGUACUUCUUUAACAUAUGAGCAUCUUGUUAAUGGGUAUUGUAAAGUGAGGGAUGUUGAUUCAGCUUUGGUUGUUUAUAGAGAGAUGAAAAGGAAAGGUUUUGAAGCAGAGGGUUUAACUAUCGAAGCGUUAGUGGAAGGACUGUGUGAUAGGAAUAGAGACAAAGUUGUUGAAGCUGCGGAGAUUGUGAAGGUUGCGGUGAGGGAAUCUGAGUUUUAUCCUAGUCGUGAGUGUUAUGAGUUGUUGAUUAAGAGGUUGUGUGAAGAAGGGAAGAUGGAGAGAGCAUUGAACAUUCAGGCUGAGAUGGUGGGGAAAGGUUUUAAGCCGAGUCAAGAGACAUAUAGAGCUUUUAUUGACGGGUAUGGAUUAGCAGGUGAUGAGAAAACAUCUGCAUUGUUGGCUAUAGAGAUGGCUGAAUCACUCAAGCUAAGGGCCGAAGAAGUAAGCUAGAACUUGUGCUUCAUUGGUAAGUUGCUGAAUCACAUAGAAACCGAUCGGUUUACACAAUGUAGUACGAGUUUCCGGUGAUACCAUCUCAUGGAAUGGUUACAUAGGAAGUGGUACACAUUGUAAGACACAACAUUACCCAUUAAAGCUCUAAUGUUGAAAGGGGAGAUUCAAAUCAA